AUGGCGUCGAAUAUAACGGAAGACAGCAUCAAAGACUUACAAUACCGGCUCGAGGAUGCGACCAUCAAAUGUUCGGAACGAUGUCUGUAUCAGUCCGCCAAAUGGGCAGCGGAAAUGCUCGAUUCCCUCUUACCGAUUGACAACUAUGAUACAGACCCCGACUCACAAAUGGAUAUCGCAGAAGCCCCGCCUCCUCAGAACCCUUACCUUCGCAGCCAGGAUCCUCUUGAAGCGAGCCUAGAAAUCCAAGAGGCUCAUAAAUAUCUGUUGGCAAAGUCAUACUUCGACACUCGCGAGUACGAUCGCUGCGCUGCUGUCUUUCUUCCUCCUACGAUACCACCGGUUCCGCUCUCUACCACAUCGAUCCCCGUCACGUCGCCGAAGCUGAAAUCAAGACAAUCGUUGACACCGCAGAAGGGCAAGGCUAAAGCAACUCCCUUCGGAGGCGCAAAGGAAGGCGCUGCGGCACGGAACCCAUACCCCAAGUUAAGCCAAAAGUCAUUGUUCCUUGCGUUGUACGCGAAGUAUCUGGCCGGAGAAAAGCGAAAGGAUGAAGAAACAGAAAUGGUGCUGGGUCCGGCAGAUGGAGGAAUGACGUCUAAUCGGGAACUUUCUAGCUUGGCCUGGGGCCUCGAAGGAUGGUUCGCGGAACGGCGAGCAAAGGGUCUGGAAGAUCGCAAUCAAGGAUGGUUGGAGUACCUCUACGGCGUGAUUCUUUUGAAAGGACGUAACGAAGAGGAGGCGAAGAAAUGGCUCAUACGGAGCGUUCACUUAAACCCCUUCCAUUGGGGUGCUUGGCAAGAGCUGAACGACCUGCUUGCAAGCACAGAAGACCUGAAACAAGUGGUUGAAUUACUUCCGCAGAAUAUCAUGACUCUCAUAUUCCAUGUCUAUUGCAGCCAAGAGCUAUACCAGGCCACCGAAGACACCUACCAAGCUCUAUCGGAACUUGAGACUAUCUUCCCUACGAGCGCGUUCCUGAAGACUCAGAAAGCGCUCCUCUACUAUCAUUCAAAGGAUUUCGAAGAAGCAUCGCAUAUAUUCACAGACAUACUGAUAACAUCACCCCAUCGUCUCGACAGUCUCGACCAUUACUCUAAUAUUCUCUACGUCAUGGGGGCACGUCCUCAGCUUGCCUUCGUUGCUCAAGUCGCAACGGCCACGGACAAAUUCCGUCCGGAAACAUGUUGCGUAGUUGGAAACUAUUACUCUCUAAAAUCUGAACACGAGAAAGCGGUCAUGUAUUUCCGGCGAGCGCUCACACUGGAUCGAAACUUUCUCUCAGCCUGGACUCUUAUGGGCCACGAAUACAUUGAGAUGAAGAACACUCACGCGGCCAUUGAGUCCUACCGGCGAGCCGUUGACGUGAACCGAAAAGACUACCGCGCCUGGUAUGGUCUAGGCCAAGCUUACGAAGUGCUCGAUAUGUCCUUCUACGCCUUAUUCUACUACCAGCGCGCAGCCGCGUUACGACCAUACGACCCCAAAAUGUGGCAGGCGGUCGGGUCCUGCUAUGCUAAGAUGGGCCGGGUCGAGCAAAGCAUCAAAGCGCUCAAGCGUGCCCUCGUUGCUGGGUCAUAUUACGCGGAAGACGCCUCUCAGAACGGUGCAGCAGGCGGCCCCGGACGCAAGAUCCUCGAUCCCGAGACCCUGCACCAAAUCGCCACCCUCUACGAGCGGCUCGGGGACGAGGAAGAAGCAGCCGCGUACAUGGAACUCACUUUGCAGCAAGAGUCCGGUCAGGGGCCCGAGGACGAAUCUGUCACAUCGGACAAUGAGAACGACGAGGAUCAAUCCACCAGUGGGACGCCGCAUGAGUCGCGCCGUGCGCCGUCCUCUUUUGGUAACCAGAACGACAGGGAUGAUGGCACAUACCAUGGCACUGGCGUGACCGCCACGACGUCCAAAGCGCGUCUGUGGCUGGCGCGGUGGGCGUUGCGCCACGGGGACUUGGAGCGAGCGGAUCAAUUGGCGGGUGAGCUAUGUCAGGAUGGAGUCGAAGUUGAAGAAGCCAAGGCAUUGAUGAGAGAUGUCCGGGCCAGGCGAGAAGGUGGUGAAUAA